ACAGCCCACCCUAGCCUGUAUCACGGAGUUUCAUUUCGCCAGGUGUAACCGCCACAUUUGUCCACCACCUCUACUGUGAAGGAUAUUAGUUGCCCGCCAGCUUGACAUUGUCCUCACGACACAACCACCAAAACUCAAAGAUCACAAACCAACGACACCUGGUCAAGAUGAUCAUCCCUCUGUACGCAGCCAUUGCUGGCCUACUCAUCGGCCAGGUCGUUUCCCAGGCUGCACUAUCUCCCUGCGCUGCAGGAUGUGUCGAUGGCGUGCUGGCCGACGUAUCGAAAAUGGGUUGUGCGGUUGGCGACACCGCUUGCGUCUGCAGCUACGUCGGCGACGUGACCAACGGCGUCCGCGACUGUGUCGCCCAAGCAUGUGCCGCCGAGGGUGCUGAGCAGGUCACACUCGCCGAGAACUCGGCCAAGGACCGGUGCGCUGCGGUUCAGGCUCCCCCCGCCCCAACCACUACUCCUGCUCCGGAGGCUGCAACGACCUCACCCGCUGAGGCGGCGACGACAUCGCCUGCCGAGACUGCUUCGCCAUCGCCUGCAUCCACAGAAGCCUCUUCACAGUCUGCACCCACUACCGCAGCCACCGAGUCUACUACGACCACGGCAGAACCUACCUCAGCUUCUGCCGAGUCAACGCCAACUUCAUCGACCACCGUGGAGACAUCCAGCAGUGCUUCAGCAGAGACUGCCGCCAGUACUUCAGCCACCGCUACAGGGACCACCUCUUCUGCAACAGGGUCUAGUGGCACUGCCGCGCAGACUGGUGAGGCGGCCAGUCAAGAACAUGACGAGACUGUCGGAGCAUCGGGUCUCUCGGUUGCCGCCAAGGCUGGUAUUGGGGCGGGCAUUGGCGUCGCGCUCAUCAUGACGGCCAUUGUCGCUAUCUGCCUAACCGUCCGGCGCAAGCAGCAGGAAAACGAGGCUCGCCGUGGAAACAUGAUCGAGAUCUCUGGGCCUCUUCCAGGCGGUGGUCGUCAGUGGGCGAACGAGGAGGGCAAGUAUGGUUCGUCCGCCGCAGCGGGCGGCCUCAGAAAGUCGUACUCUUCAGAGCUUGAUCGCCAUGCUCGACCAUACGAGGAGAUGGUCCCUCACACCCAGCCUCGCACGAUGAUAUAGUCAGUUGUGCAGGUUUGGCGCGGGCCGUUUUGACCACAUGAAUCUGGCGAAGGGAGACUGUCUGGCCUUUAGGCGGGUGUACGUGAUUUGGGGUCUCGGUAGGAUGGGUGUUUAGACCAUGUACGCGUUUAGCAUGUUCUCAGAUUUACAGCAA